AUGAAUGAUCCUAACAAACAUUCACUUAGAAAUGCAACGUGGAAAAAUCCCCGUGAUGUUAUUAAGAGAAGAAUCUACAAGAACAGACGAGGGUUAUCUGUUUCAUCUUCAUCAUCGUCAUCAUCAUCUUUAAAACAAUUAUCCAAUGAUAGCGAGGCUGAUGAAGGAUUCUCGAUGCUUUCGACGAGGAUGUCUCAAGGAGUUGACUCAUUUAUAAUGAAUCCAUUUAGACGAGCAUCCUGCAAAAGAUCAUUCAACCGAAAUCCUAUCUUGAAGAAAAUCAAUGAUGAUGACGCUGAUGUUUUAUCGACAGUUGUUGAUCUUAUCGCGGACAGUAACGCAUUGCAGGAAUUUCCACUAAGCGUUUUCGACAAGAUGGAAAAAACUUCCAUGCCUAAAAAAAGCGAAGCUAAAAAUAACAGUAUCUCCAUUAGUACUGCUACUACUUCCACAAUAGGAUCACUUCCAAUUGAUUUCUCAAGCAUUGAUGAAUUCAGUUGUUCAACUCCAAAAAAGAAAGCUUCAAGAGUAGAAGAAUCGAAGACAAAAGUUGACUCACUUCCAGUUGAUCUCCGACUUGGUCUUAAAUUACGCUUAGAAUCACCAAAGUGUUUUUUCUGGUUGGAAAAAUCAAAAGGGAUCGCAGCUUAUGAUGAUGCAGUUAAGCUGUUUUGUUCGUUGCAAGGUGGAAUUAAUGAGAUGGCAUUAGAAACAAGUGGAAGGUCGGUGAGCAACUUAUCCAAAUUUCUGGCCUGCACUCUUUAUUGGCAGUUUCCAGAUUUAGCGUGGCAGCCGUCAUUUCCUCGUCUAGAUAGUGAUUCUCGAUUGAUGACUGUGCGAAAUCCUGCUGUGCCAAGUUUACAUACACUUGGUGAUUCAUUGGUUCAAGCACUAACGAUGCAAUGGUUUUUAUCACUUGAACAACUCUACCAUUCAUGGCGAUUCGGAAAGCGGCAGUGUUUUUACGUUUGUUGUCCGACACAUACGAUAUUGUUUUGGAAAACUUCGAAAGGCAUCGCUGAAGUGAAUGAUAAUUCUAGCAAGAGCGAUGAAAAAUAUAAUUUUCGGGUUGUUAUAACACCCACAUCAUAUGGAUUUCGUCAACAGCUACGAGAAGAUGGUAUAAAAUAUUCGAUGCCAUUACGUCGCUUACGAAAUUCGUCAUCCAGACAUUCAAUUUUAAAUGAUAAUAAUUUGUUGGGUACUACUCAAAGUCAACCACUAUUAACUUCUUAUAACAAGAAAGAACAGUCAUGGAUAUCAUCAGAUAGUUCCCUUUCUGAAAAGCGUGAUGAUUUUGUUGUAAUAUGUGAUUUGAAAGAUAAUCAAAUUGAAAACGAUAGAAGGGAGAAAGAAAAAAAUGAUAAGGAAGACGAAAAUUCGGAUGAUCUGAACAGCUCGAAUGAUACAGAUAAUGAUGAAUGGUUGAGAGGAAUAGGUAUAUCGCCAAAAAAAACCUUGAAAAUUGCACGAAAUAAAUCGGUCAUGUCAAGCCAUUCUCUGGAUUAUGAACGUUCGUUAUCGUUUGAUCCGGAUUUCAUGGAUGAAAACAGGAAAAGUGCAAUUGUGUUAAACGAUUUAGAUAGUAUUGCGGCUCUUUAUAAUAUGAUGACUACAUCGAAUUUUGGGCGCGUUGCGACUGGGCCACAAGCUGGUUUUCCACCGACACUUUUGGACAGACAACCCUUUUUAAAUUCAGUACUGAAGAAUUUGAAGUGUGAAUAUCGAGAGAUCACGAAGGGUGGCUCUGAUUUUUACGUCUGUGAGUGGGAGAAUGGUCCUAUUAUGCCUCAUAUGCUUGCAAUGUUGGAAAAUUUUCUGCGUCACAGCUCAAAAUCCGAUCAAGAAAGUCCUAUCACAGGUCAAAUAAGUGGUCGUUUUAAAUGUCCAGGAAUGAAUGAUGCAGCUGGCCUCGAUGGAAUGGCAGAUUUCAGUAGUUUUGAAUUUCGUCUUGGUUCCUUCUUCAAAUCAUAG